UGGAGGCAAUCUGGGAGGGGGGUUUCGAUGUAGUUGCCUUUGCUGCUGCUACCGUGAUGAAACGCCGUUGGUGAUUGACGAUGAGGACGAGUUUGUAUAUGCAGGUACUCGAUCUGGCGAUGUCCUUCAGGUCAGUCUAAGUAACAGGCUUUUCCGACACCAUGGUCCAAAAACAAUGAUAUGCCAAGGCGUACAUUCGUUGGCCAUGGCCAACAAGAACGUUGUGAUUGUAGGAGGAGGGGAUGGAACCGUCAACCUUCUUAGCACAACCAGCCUAAGGAUUAUGUGUGCAGCUCAGCUCAAGAGUACUGUUACCUCUGUUGUUCUGGCAGACAGACAGGCUGAUGGGUCUUUUGAAUUCUAUGCAGGGACUGCAGAAUGCAACAUUUACAGUGUAAGCGGGCCACUCCGCAAUAGCAGUGAUCUUCGCGUCGUCCAUGUGGCCACUCAGCUUGGCGUAGAAGCCAUGUCUGCACAAGCGGUCAAGGACGUCGCCGAGGUGUCAGAGGUGCUCCUCAAGGAUACGACUGUAGACCAGGAUAUCGUCGAGGUAGAGGAGAACGUACUGCUCCAGGAUGUCCCUGCAUAUGUCGUUCAUCGCCCUAUGGAAGGUAGCCGGUGCGUUGGCACAAGCUGGAUGGAGUGUUCGACGUCACGCAUCGGUGGGAUGCCGGAGUACGAGAACGACGAUGGGAAAACGUCGUGGUACUCUCGGAUGAGGUCACGAACGGCGGGCUCCAGGUCAGCCGUAUAUCGUGCGAGUUCCUCAGCGUCAGCGUCAGCGCGCGACGGCGGGCUGGACCUGACGGACGGCGGAAGGACGGAAGUAGAGAUGGGAGCCAUGGAGAUAGAAGGAGGAUCUGGCUCCUGAGGCAUGAGCUCGGCGUCGGGACAGGGUGGAUCAUAGUGUAAGAGAUCCGUCACGUUCACCAUAAAGAAGGUGACGUCGUCCUGUCGGAUGAAGUGGGCGAACUGCCGAGGCGAGGUGACCGUGAUAGAAGGAGAUGGUGUGGGCACGGAAGGCUCCGGGUGAGGAGGAUCGUGGCGUGGUGUCGCGGUCGUACCUAUGAAAGGUACGCGAUACGUCUAUCCACAGUUCGUUUUGAGAACGAGAGUGUUGGUCGCCCAGUCGGCCUCGGUGCUGCGGAACCGAUGAGACCACGGAGUGCCGAGAAUGAAGUUGUACCCCGUCU